ACUUCUACAUGCGCAGUUUGUUGUGUAUAGUAUAAUUUACAUAUCACUCAGAACUUUGAACCGUCUUCCAAAAUCGGCCAGAUCCUAAAAAAUAUUCAACAAUGAAAGAUUGACACAUCAGCUGCCUCUUAUAAGUGUGUUAUUGGCGCGAUUCACUUGUUUUCUUGCACUUAUAAAGUACAAAGUAUUACUUAUAAAGAAAUCAAACAGGAAACAGUGUACUUUGCUAUACUUUCGCAAUCAUUCAUUGUUGACAAAAAUGCAGUGCCUGAAAAUGUUUGGUACAUAUCGUGUUAUUUCUAAGAUUAAUGGCGUUUACCGAGGCAUUGCUUCACUGUCUUCUUUAUCUGAAACUCAUCAAAUGUUAUACAAGACAUGCAGAGAUUUUGCUGAGGGAGAAUUAAAGCCAAUAGCUGCAAAAAUAGAUAAAGAGCAUCUCUACCCAAAGGAGCAAAUUAAAAAAAUGGGUGAACUUGGUCUUAUGGCUAUAGCUAUCCCAGAAUCAGUAGGAGGCACUGGUCUAGAUUACUUAGCAUAUGCCAUCGCAAUGGAGGAAAUUUCUAGAGGAUGUGCUAGUGCAGGAGUAAUUAUGAGUGUUAACAAUUCAUUGUACUUGGGACCCAUAGACAAGUUUGGUACAAAAGAUCAAAAGGAAAAAUAUAUAACUGAAUUUGUGAGUGGUGAGAAAAUUGGAUGUUUUGGCUUAAGUGAACCUGGAAAUGGUUCAGAUGCAGGUGCAGCAUCCACCACAGCCAAGUUAGAAGGAAACUAUUACAAAAUCAAUGGCACAAAGUGCUGGAUCACAAACGCAUUUGAAUCGCGUGCAGGAGUAUUAUUUGCUACAACAGACAAAUCCCUAAAGCAUAAAGGAAUCAGUGCCUUCAUAUUCAACAAUCCAACAGAUGGCUUGACUCUUGGGAAAAAAGAAGACAAGUUGGGUAUUAGAGGAAGUAGCACGUGUUCUCUAAUAUUUGAGGAUUCCUUAAUUCAUGCAGAAAAUCUUUUAGCAAAGCCAGGAAUGGGUUUCAAGAUAGCCAUGAUGACGCUCGAUGCUGGUAGAAUAGGCAUCGCCUGCCAGGCCCUUGGAAUAGCUCAAGCCUCUUUAGAAUGCGCAAUGGAAUAUGCAUCCAAACGUAUUGCAUUUGGCACCGCGAUUAUUAAGCUGCAAGCAAUUCAGCAGAAAAUCGCUGAUAUGGCGUUAAGACUCGAGAGUGCUCGUCUACUUACUUGGCGUGCUGCUCAUCUCAAAGAUGCUGAGAAACCUUAUACGAAGGAAGCUGCUAUGGCGAAAUUGGCUGCCUCAGAAGCUGCCACAUUCUGCUCGCAUCAGUGUAUUCAAAUUUUAGGAGGAAUGGGAUAUGUGACUGACAUGCCUGCUGAACGUCACUACAGGGACGCCCGUAUCACAGAAAUAUAUGAAGGAACGUCCGAGAUACAAAGAUUAGUCAUCGCUGGCAAUCUCGUGAAAGAAUAUGGACUCAAUUAAACUACUUGCCUUUACACUCAGUCCUACUGAGGAACUCUAUUGAGAAAUAAUUGCUGCUCAUGAUUGAUUCAUUGUCGUUGUGGCAACGUAGAGAACUGUAAACGCACCCAACGACAUUUAAAAAUAGAUAUGAUACUUCUGUGCAUGAUAGGAAUGAAUAUUUAUUAAUGGGUGUUUGCAUUGUAUAGAAAUUUUUCAAAAUUUUAAGGCUGAAACCUAAGUUAUGUAAAUAAUUUUUUGAUAUUAUACAUGAAAGAAUGGUUAACCUUGACAUAUUUUUGUACUAUCGAAGGAAUGAAUAAAUUUUAUAUGCUUUAA